AUGGCAAAGAUAAAAAGUUGCAAAGUAAAUCUAAGUCGAACUAACUUUGCUUACUGUUCUAAAUUUUCCUCAGGUGGAUUCUAGAGUGUCGAAGUUAAAUCUAAAGCUAAGUUUACCUAAAUUUAUUCUAAAAAAGGGGAAAAUGAAUUUGCUAAUUUGUAGAUAGGAAUCAUUCCUUUUAAUUUGUUUACCGAAAUAAUGAGUGAUAAGUAUUCAGACAUAUGUGAAAGAGUAGUUGAGCUAGAGGGCUACUAAACUAACUUUAUUUAGACAUACUACAGUGAUUCAGAGUGGAGUUAAAUAGAAAGAAAUGUGAUCUAAAAUAAGCAAUCAAUCGCAUAAUAUUACUUUAUAAUUGUAUUUGAUUGCCAGAAACAGAUUGUUAGAGAUAUGCCAUUAAUAGACUUUAAACUAUAAAUGAGUACCUAUAACCAUGCUGGAGAUAUAAAUCAUUUUUUGUACGAAGAUCGAGGACUAUAUGUGAUCUACUUAGCUUCUAUGAUUUUAACCACUUAUAUAUUCUUAAAGACUUUGCUUUAAUUUAUCAGGACAUUCCAGUAGUUUGACAUAUUUUAAAGUCCCAAUUUUACAGUUACACUAUGCAUAGGAACUUAAAUGGUGGGUAGUAUUAUAGAUUUUACGAUUAUCAGAGAUUAUUUUGACAAUGAUGAGAGGAUACUUGAAUAUAAUGCGGUUACCAACUUACUAUUUAUGAUAUCAAAUGGAGUUUUAUUGUUAAUAAUGAUUUUUGUAGCAGAUGGAUGGACCAUUAAGUAUCUUAAUCUAAAAGAUUAUUUGCUAGGAAAAUUUAUUUUUCACAUUGGACUGGUUAUUAUAUAUAUUGUAGUUGUAUAGCUAGCUAUGAUAUUCGAAGAUCAAGACCAUUAUGACAAUUUCUAUGAAUUUUCUGGGUUAAAAUCUAAAUAUCACCUAAUGGGACAAGCCGAAGCAAAAAAUCAGAGUAAUUCAUGA